AUGGUGAAAUCAGUGACCCAAAAACAGCAGCAGCCAUCUAAUGAUUCCUCUGCUAAGUAUAAGGGAGUGAGGAAGCGCAAGUGGGGGAAAUUUGUGUCUGAAAUUAGACUGCCCAAUAGCAGGGAAAGGAUUUGGCUUGGCUCGUAUGACACGCCGGAGAAGGCGGCUCGUGCCUUUGAUGCGGCACUGUUCUGUCUUCGGGGAAAGAAUGUUAAGUUCAAUUUUCCCGAUAAUCCGCCGGAAAUUGUUAACGGGAGGUCGAUGACGCCGGUUCAAAUCCAAGCGGCUGCGGCCCGCUUUGCACACUCGGAUUCGAAUCGAGCUGAUCCGUCUUCUUCUUCUUCUUCUUCUUCGAUUUCGUCUUCUGAAUUAUUAGAGUCCCUUUCGCCGUCGGUUUCCGAUGAAGCGGUUCAGUUGGACCGGGAGAUUAUGGAAAUACCUAUGGACAAUGCAUUCUUGGAUCAGCUAUUGACAAUAGGAAAUGAAAAUUCCAUACUGGAUUUCGGGAAUUUUCCGGGUUUUGAUGAAUUUUCCAACGAUUUUUUGACGGCGCCAUUGCCUGAUUACUCGCCUGAGAACACUGAUAAUAUAUCUCAAGACUCAUUUCUUUGGAAUUUUUGA